AUGUCUGCCCAUGACAACGCGGACUCCAAAGACACUGAGGCAGCCAUGGAUUCUCCCCGGGUCAACGGAGACCCCAAUCCACCCCCCGAGCGAUCGCGAUCUCGAUCCCCCCCCUCACCCAAAAUGGAGAUCCCGCCAUCCCCUGAGUCGACUGGAGAAAACGUCGGUGAUCUUGUGGUGAAGCAAGAGCCGGGCCAGCCGCCCAAGUUGUCUCGCAGUUCCUCGCAGAAGGUGGUGUCGCGUCCUCCGCCGCUGUACACCCAUCUCCCAGACAGCACCCAGGAUGCGCUCGCCACGUUUGAGCAGAUCCAGGCCUGCUGGUAUGCCAAUAAAUACAUGGGCUACACGGAGCAUGCCAUGGAGUGCGAUUGCACCGAAGAGUGGGUUCCCGAGAUCGGCCAAAAUUUGGCAUGCGGCGAAGACUCCGACUGCAUCAACCGCGCGACCAAGAUCGAGUGUGUGGGAGAUUGUGGCUGUGGACCGGACUGUCGGAACCAGCGGUUUCAGAAGAAACAGUAUGCACGUGUGGCGGUCAUCCAGACCGACAAGAAGGGUUUUGGGCUGCGCGCAGAGACCAACCUCGAGCCGCACCAGCUGAUCUUCGAGUAUGUCGGCGAGGUGGUGGGCGAGCCGCAGUUCCGCCGGCGCAUGAGACAAUACGACGAGGAGGGCAUCAAGCACUUUUAUUUCAUGUCUUUGAACAAGGGCGAAUUUGUCGAUGCGACCAAGAAGGGCAACCUGGGCCGAUUCUGCAACCACUCCUGCAACCCCAAUUGCUAUGUCGACAAGUGGGUGGUAGGUGAGAAGCUGCGCAUGGGCAUCUUCGCCGAGCGCGCUGUGCAAACCGGCGAGGAGUUGGUCUUUAACUACAACGUCGACCGCUAUGGCGCGGACCCCCAACCUUGCUACUGCGGCGAGCCGAACUGCACCGGAUUCAUUGGCGGGCGCACCCAGACCGAGCGCGCAACCAAACUGUCGAAUGCGACGAUCGAGGCUCUAGGCAUUGACGAAGCCGAUGGUUGGGACACUGUGGUGGCACGGCGGCCACGCAAGAAGAAGACGGAGGAAGACGACGAGGAAUAUGUCGACAGCGUGCAGCCCAAGUCGCUGGAUGAGGAUGGUGUGACCAAGGUUAUGGCUGCGCUGAUGCAGUGUCAGGAGAAGUGGAUUGCAGUGAAGUUGCUGGGCCGCAUCCAGCGCUGCGAGGACGAGCGGGUGCGGAACCGCGUCGUGAAGAUGCACGGGUACCAGAUCCUCAACUCGCAACUGGCUAUGUGGAAGGAGGACCAGAACGUGGUGCUGCAGAUUCUGGAUAUUCUGGACAAAUUCCCGCGGCUCACGCGCAACAAGAUCAUCGAUUCCAAGAUCGAGUCGAACAUCCAGCCGUUGACGACAUGCGGUGAGGAGCGCGUUGAGUCUAGGGCCGCCGCGCUCCUGGCAAGCUGGGCCAACCUGGAGGUGGGAUACCGCAUCCCGCGCAUGAAGCGCGGCGAGCACAUCAAGCAGGCCGUCAAUCAGUUUGAGCGCCGGGAGUCAGGCCGUGAGAGUCGCCAGCGAUCUGCCACGCGCUCUCCAUCGCCGUCCUACGAGACGCCCCGUCAGGCAGCGCAGCCGCGCAGGGAGCGGAACUCUCAUAAUCAUCGACCCCGGAACAACCGCCGCCAGCGUCAGCCCCUGCCCGAGGGAUGGUUCACGGCAGAAGCCGAUGGCGGGCGGACCUAUUACUACUCGGCUUCGGGCGAGACCACCUGGCAACGUCCGACGGCACCUGCGCCUGCGCCGCCACCUCCAGUCAACCAGAGAAACCUGGCUCUGCAGAGCAUUAUCGACGGCAUCAUCAACUCCCAGGAAAAGACCCCCUCCGAACAAAAGACCGACACGCCCGCUACCCCACAAGUCUCUGUCGAGCCGCCGGAAAAGAAAAAGAAGGACGAGAGUCGGUGGAAGAAGCUUCCAUUGGAGAAGCAGAAAAAGCUUUAUGAAAACACAAUCGCUCAUGCGUCCCAGCUCCACCCCUACAUCAAGCACGUCGUCGACCAGUACAAGCACAAGAUCCCCAAGGAUCACUUGAAGCGAUUCGCCAAAGAGACGGCCAAGAAACUGGUCGAAGGCGACUACAAGAAGAACCGCGUCACCGACCCCACGCGGAUCAGCGAGAAGCACCAGCAGACGGUCAAAAACUACUGCAAAGGGUUCUUCGACAAGGCGGCCGCCAAGCACCAUGAGCGCGAGAAGCGCAAAGCGGCCAAGACGCAUGGUCAUGGUUCCGCCCAAGUUGACGCGGACGCGGACGUGAAAAUGUCCGACGACGAAGCUGAUACUGGCGCCGCAGCCUCACCUCUAGACGACGACCUCGCGGCCUCACUGAAGCGCAAGCGCGACCCCGACAAUGACCUGGACCAAGACUUCGGCGUCGAGAACGGCGACAGCUCUCCGUCCAAACGCCAAAAGUCCACGCCUCCGCCUCCGCCCCCUCCGCCGCCUCCAGCCGACGAGUCUGACCAGGCCGGUGACCGCAGUGGUAGUGUCGGGACUACUGCCGAGGACGAUUCUCCGCCACCCCCAAAAGAGGAUUCUCCGUCCGGGCCGGGGUAUGCAGUCGAUAUGCAGACGGAGCUGCCGCCAUCGCAGAUUGGGAUCGAGGGCAAGGUGUAG